AUGGACAGUUGGAUCUUUGCCAGAAAAUGGCCGAACAUCUUGCAUGGACCACAGUUAAAUAUAUUAUGUGGCUGUAAUAAUGGCUGGAAAUGCUCUAUUGUUGGCUUUAUAUUCAAUAAUGCUUUGGUGGAGAACACAAUGGCAAAGCUCAACCGCUUCAUGAACCAGUACUUUUUGCUAAUAGCAUGCCUUCAGUUAUGGUCUCUUAUUACUCCAGUAAAUCCUGCCAGUACAUGGGGUCCACUUAUUUUCAUUUUUGAAGUUUCUGCAACAAAAGAGGCAUGGCAUGAUUACCACAGAUUUCUUUCAGACAAGAAAGCGAAUGAGAAAGAAGUUUGGGUUGUGAGGCAGGGCAUAAAGAAACAUGUUCAAGCACAGGAUAUUCAUGUGGGUAAUAUAGUAUGGCUCCGAGAGAAUGAUGAAGUGCCAUGUGAUCUGGUUUUGAUUGGGACAUCUGAUCCGCAAGGAAUGUGCUAUGUUGAGACUUCUGCUCUAGAUGGUGAAACUGAUCUAAAGACCAGGUUUAUUCCCUCAGCAUGCAUGGGCAUUGAUCUAGAAGUCUUGCACAAAAUCAAGGGUGUGAUUGAGUGCCCUGUUCAUGACAAGGACAUUAGAAGAUAUGAUGAAAAUUUACGAUUGUUUCGUCCUUUUAUUGAUAACGAUCUGUGCCCAUUAACCAUUAAAAACACAAUUCUUCAGUCAUGUUACUUGCGUAAUACCGAAUGGGCAUGUGGAGUAGCUGUUUAUACAGGCAAGUUUGGAGUUUCAAGCUGUGUGAAAGAAGCAGGCAUUGGAUUUAUGAUGCCUCCAACAUAUCAUCCAGCAAUGAAGGUUGUCCGCUUAGUCAGGAAAAAGCUGAAAGUAAAAACUGUAUUUAAUAUAUUGGGCCCUAUGUUAAACCCAGCUAGAGUACCAUAUGCUAUUGUGGGGGUCUAUGCAGAAGAUUUGGACCUUGAUCAAGACUCCAAAUAUUCUAAGACUGGUAAAUUUUAUUCUUCUUCUACAUUGUACCCUUGGUGCAAAACAUUGUCAAUUCAGUUUGGUAUUUUUUUUUCAAUAACUCAUAAAGGAAAAUAUUUACAAUGUUGUGAGCAGGACCAUUUCAGCUCAAAAUCUGUCCCAUUUUUCAGGUUUGUAUUUUUUUUCUACAUUUUUAUUUCUGCUCUCUUUGUCUCUCUCGGCUCCCUCUCUCUCUCUAUCUCUCACUCAUCUCUUUUUUUGCAUUUCUUAACUAUUUCUACCAGCAAGUUUCAGAAUAAUACUUCGAGGGAAGUUGUGGAACAUCAAAAUAUCGCUAAUGAUCUCAAAUUUCAACAAUUUAUUGUGUAUAAACCUCAGAAUGCAGGAGCUGUUGAGGGUCAAAUUAUAAAAACUAUUGGGUUUCUUAACUACUUCUUUCUGUUGGUACUUGAUGCAAAGGUUUUUGUGCCUUCUUACCCAAAAUCUCUGACUGAGUUGAUGGGAAAGUCUUCUAUUUUGCUUAUCAAUGGAAGCUUGCAAAGGAUAAUCCAUGGACUAGUGGGUGGCUUCUUUAAAUCUCCACAGCUCAAGGCUCAAAUCACCAGAGACAUGUACAAGUAUGUCCAAGAAUCUAUGACAAAUUGGAGCCAUGAUUGA